GACUGUAAAGGUCAUGUGAGUGUGUACCUUAUUUGUAUCGUUGAAAUCAUUUAGUUAUUUUACUAGUAAGUUCUUUCUGAAAUUCGAAUGGUGUGAGUACUAUCAUCCACUAAUGAUCUUGUAAAGGAGUAGAAUUUUCUGCCAGGAUUGCAUUUUCAUCCCUCACAAUGAAGAAAGUGGAUAGAAGUUAAAGGUAAGCUUACUGAUCUACUACUAAAACAUCAUGUUCACGUUUUUCACGUUGUAAACUGGUAUUUGGAUACGGAUUCUAAGCCGAUAUCCAAUCUUGUGCUGUAGUCCGUAAGAAUGAUUUAGAUUCACAUACAUUUUACAAUAAGUCGCCUUCAAACAUCACACAGGAAAUUAGUUACGUCUAUUUAGCCACUGUCACUGUGUAAGAAAGAAUCUAGUUACAAAAAAAACGGAGAUUGAUCACUCUUUUGAGACAGGUAUCUGAUAGAGUCUGAUACUCUACUAGAAAAACAAAGUUACUAAGUCGUGGUACUAGGUACCAAGAAAAGUUUAAAGCCAUCGAAUUCAGUAUCCAAGACGUUCUUCACCUUUACAAAUUCACAGUAUAACCUUUUCAUCUUCACGUCCUCCUUAGGUAGAAGUUGUAACUAGCUACACCAAGAAAAAUAAGACUAAGAACCCUCUUCAAGUAACUCACUCGGAAGACAAAGAAAAACCAACAAAAAGAUGAGUUUUCCCGGGUCCAGUCCGGUUCCUCGUAUGGCAGCGCCCACUCUGGGAACCCUGGACGCUCGCCACUUCGGCCACGACAGUGCUCCUCCUCCAAAGCUAGGGAACAAGAUGAGCAUGCCUCUGAACCUUGCCCCGUACUUGUACGAAAGCUACCCGCGGACGCCGUCGACGCAAGCGCCGGGCUCCCCUGUACGCGGACUAUCGACCGUGGAUGAGCAGAACACGAUCAAUUUUGACAAUUUUAUUAUGCUCCAUUUCCUUCACUAACCGCUAACUAAGUAGUACUAAAACUAAACUCAUCACUGACUACUAACGAAGUACUAACUAAGUACGAUUUGUGCUAACUAAGUAGUAUAAAACUAAACUAAUCACUGACUACUAACUAAGUACUAACUAUGUAUAAGUACUAACUACAAGUACUAACUAUAAGUACUAACUAUAAGUACUAACUAAGUACUACUAACUAAGUACAUUUGUUGCUCCUCCCAAUUCCAUCUUGCUCCAUAUCUCUAACCCCAACAACAACGAAGAUGCUUUCGGUAAGUUGAAUUAUGGGCCAUAUUGGACCAGCAAUGGUGGGCAACAUGCAGAAGAGUAUCAAGGUCUGAAGAACUAUUUCGGAGACGACGAAGAAUGGGAACCAGUGAGGGCCCAUAAACAACAACAUCUUCUUCCGCAGUCGUAUAGAACUCCUGCCGAAAGCGCUUUUACUUAUGGCUAGACGGCCAAGGCAUCCUCAGCAUCAUCCUUGGUCCCUUUUUCUUUCAAGAGGAAAAAGAAAGCGGGGAUGCCCGUCUCAAGGCUGCGACUGCGGUAGCUCUAAUAUACUCAUCAUCAGCAGCAGCAGCAGCAGCCUUACUCGUACAACAACAAGUCGCUGUAUCAGUACGAACCAGCUCCUCGCGGCAUCCCACAACUGAAUCCGAAGGUCCCAGUGCCGGUUGACCAAUUCGGCGUAGUCCAUGACAGUUUUCAGGACGAUGAUACUACUCCACUCUACUACAAUAUCAACAACAACGUCAAGAUCAUAGCCAGAAAUAAACAGCCUUCCAAGACCACUACUGAAAAAGCCGCUCCAGUGGCGAAAGAGAAAGGAAAGAACUUCGGUUUGUGUGCCUUUUACGGUAGAAUGUUUCUCGAAGCAAAGGAACAAGGGUUUGCAGAGUACAAGGGCUACAAGGGCAAUCACACGUUCUUCCAUUACGCAGCGAAGAAGGGGAAUAAGCCACUGUUGGACUUUUUGUGUCAGCAAGAAGGAUUGUUGGAGAAACAGGUAUAGAAGUACUAGAGAUCGAGGCUUUAGGUGAAGACUGAUACUUAAUAAUAAGAGAUGUUGGGCUACUUUUCUGGCCCUCAACCAUUUCUAUAAUUUGACUAGUUCAAUAGUUCAACCUCAUCACUCGUCCACUCAGAUCCACGGCAUCGACGAAUUCGGGAAGAAAGCGAUUGAUCUAGCUUCUCCGAAAAAGAAGGACAGCCUUCAUGCCGAAUUAGCAACUCUGAUGGCCAGAGUUCCAGCUCCAAAUCCCGAGAGUGAUGCUAAAGAAGCCAAGUACCAAGCUCUUCGCAAUGGUGGCACUCCUACUGGUGGAAAAGGAAAGCGAGGAGGAGUUUUGAAGAAUUCUAAUGGUGGAGCAGACGGAGCUGACGUGGCAGGAGGAAAUGAACAGCGCGCCACUUCCUCGUCCAUUAUUCCGGACGACGUUGCUGGAGCGGACUUUUUUCUCGUGAAGGCUAGUGACAUCAUGAGCCCCUUUGAGGCUGAGGAGAUGUGUCCCAAGGAGUAUAAGAAGUGCUUCAAGAUUUUGAACAACCAAGGUUGGAAAGCCAUGGAAAACAAGUGGCCGAACAAGGGACAAACCUUGUUGCAUUGGGCAGCGUCGAAAGGAAAGGAGAAUUUGUGCCAUUUUCUGAUCCUACAGUACGAUCCAGACGUAGACCAGACUGACAACCAUGGCCACGACGCUCAGUGGCACGCGAAGACCAAGAAGCAUCGCAUGUUGGCAAAGAAGAUCCACUUCCGGUUCAAGGGCGCUUAUGCGAGCGCUGCAGCGAGUGGUGGAAAGGAUAAGGAAGGAGGAAAGUGA